UGCAGGUCAAUCGGAUCUAUCUGGAUCAGAUUCUGACGAAGACCAAGAUACAUUAACCAAUAACGAAGGUAAUAAUAAUAAUAAUUUUGAUGUCAGUUUAAAUACAAAUAAUAUAGAAGUACCAACCCAAACUAGUACACAAUCAACACCAAAUAUUGGAUGGAGCCAAAUGCCUUUUCUGGGUGUACCACUACCCGAAUUUAAUGGCCCUCAGAAUUGUAUUGAAUUAGGCUCACCUAUUAGUUACGUAGAAAAAUAUUUACCAGAUUUACAUUUCGAAGAAGCUGCGCUAUAUACUAACAUGUAUGCAUUUAGUACUAAGGGGAAAGAAUUCAGAGCCACUGCCAAUGAAAUAAAAGUAUUUUAUGGUGCCCAGGCAUUGAUGGGAAUUAUUAAAUAUCCUCGAUUUUUUAUGUACUGGCAGAGAGGUAUCGCUUUGGAUCUCAUAUCUUCUGCAAUCACAAGAGAUAGGUUUCUAGCUAUACGCACACAUUUACAUUUUGUUGACGUAAAUAACCGUCUUCCAAACAACAAAAGUAAAUUUUGGAAAGUUCAGCCGUUGAUCGAAUUUGUUCGAAAUGCAUGUAGAAAUAUACCUCGAUCCAUUGGUUUAUAUUCUAUCGACGAACAGAUGGUACCUUUUACUGGCAGGUGUCCUCAUCGGCAAUUCGUAAAAAAUAAACCACGUCCCGCCGGGCUUAAAAACUUUGUAAUUACGACCACUACAGGAAUGGUCCUCGAUUUUGAACUAUAUCAAGGGAUUGAAACUCCUUUUGAAGACCGCUCUCUUGGAUUAGGACCCGCUGUUAUUCUACAUUUAUCGAAAACAAUACCUAAAGAAUCAGUACUAUUUUUCGAUAGAUAUUUUACAACUGUCCCAUUGAUGAACCGAUUAAAUGAAAUUGGUAUUUAUGCGACGGGAACAAUCAUGCAGAAUCGUUUGAAAAAAUGUUCAUUUUUCGAAUGACAAAAAAUUUGAACGUGGUGUA